AUGGAAUCAGGGAGAAGGGGAUGGAAUCUAGGAGAAGGGGAUGGAAUCUGGGAGAAGGGGAUGGAAUCUGGAAGAAGGGGAUGGAAUAUAGGAGAAGGGGAUGGAAUAAGGAAGAAGGGGAUGGAAUCUGGGAGAAGGGGAUGGAAUCUGGGAGAAGGGGGUGGAAUCUGGAAGAAAGGGAUGGAAUCUGGGAGAAGGGGAUGGAAUCUGGAAGAAGGGGAUGGAAUCUGGGAGAAGGGGAUGGAAUCAAGGGAGAAGGGGAUGGAAUCUGGGAGAAGGGGAUGGAAUCUGGGAGAAGGGGAUGGAUUCUGGGAAAGGGGAUGGAAUCUGGGAGAAGGGGGUAGAAUCAGGGAGAAGGGGAUGAAAUCUGGGACAAGGGGAUGGAAUCUGGGAGAAGGGGAUGGAAUAUGGGAGAAGGGGAUGGAAUCUAGGAGAAGGGGAUGGAAUCUGGGAGAAGGGGAUGGAAUCAGGGUAAAGGAGAUGGAAUGUGGGAGAAGGGGGAGGAAUCUGGGAGAAGGGGGUGGAAUCUGGGAGAAGGGGAUGGAAUCUGGGAGAAGGGGAUGGAAUCGGGGAGAAGGGGAUGGAAUCUGGGAGAAGGGGAUUGAAUCAGGGAGAAGGGGAUGGGAUCUGGGAGAAGGGGGGAGAAGGGGAUGGAAUCUGGGAGAAGGGGAUGGAAUCUGGGAGAAGGGGAUGGAAUCUGGAAGAAGGGGAUGGAAUAUAGGAGAAGGGGAUGGAAUAAGGAAGAAGGGGAUGGAAUCUGGGAGAAGGGGAUGGAAUCUGGGAGAAGGGGGUGGAAUCUGGAAGAAAGGGAUGGAAUCUGGGAGAAGGGGAUGGAAUCUGGUAGAAGGGGAUGGAAUCUGGGAGAAGGGGAUGGAAUCAAGGGAGAAGGGGAUGGAAUCUGGGAGAAGGGGAUGGAAUCUGGGAGAAGGGGAUGGAUUCUGGGAAAGGGGAUGGAAUCUGGGAGAAGGGGGUAGAAUCAGGGAGAAGGGGAUGAAAUCUGGGACAAGGGGAUGGAAUCUGGGAGAAGGGGAUGGAAUAUGGGAGAAGGGGAUGGAAUCUAGGAGAAGGGGAUGGAAUCUGGGAGAAGGGGAUGGAAUCAGGGUAAAGGAGAUGGAAUGUGGGAGAAGGGGGAGGAAUCUGGGAGAAGGGGGUGGAAUCUGGGAGAAGGGGAUGGAAUCAAGGGAGAAGGGGAUGGAAUCUGGGAGAAGGGGAUGGAAUCUGGGAGAAGGGGAUGGAUUCUGGGAAAGGGGAUGGAAUCUGGGAGAAGGGGGUGGAAUCAAGGAGAAGGGGAUGAAAUCUGGGAGAAGGGGAUGGAAUCUGGGAGAAGGGGAUGGAAUAUGGGAGAAGGGGAUGGAAUCUGGGAGAAGGGGAUGGAAUCGGGGAGAAGGGGAUGGAAUGAGGGAGAAGGGGAUGGCAUCUGGGAGAAGGGGGUGGAAUCUGGGAGAAGGGGAUGAAAUCUGGGAGAAGGGGAUGGAAUCUGGGAGAAGGGGAUGGAAUCUGGGAGAAGGGGAUGGAUUCUGGGAGAAGGGGAUGGAAUCAGGAAGAAGGGGAUGGAAACUGGGAGAAGGGGAUGGAAUCUGGGAGAAGGGGGUGGAAUCUGGGAGAAGGGGGUGGAAUGUGGGAGAAGGGGAUGGAAUCUGGGAGAAGGGGAUAGAAUCUGGGAGAAGGGGAUGGAAUUUGGGAGAAGGGGAUGGAAUCUGGGGGAAAGGGGAUGGAAUCAGGGAGAAAGGGAUGGAAUAUGGGAGAAGGGGAUAG